AGGCGGGCUGUGCACUGGACAGAAACAUAUGCGUCAAUAGAUACUUUUAAAUAGCUCACAUAAAAGCCGCUUUAUGAUAUAAUAUUUUGAUCCACAAUGAUGUGUUCGAAUUUAAAUAUGCUUUUAUAAUGUAACCUUCAGUCCGUCAGUCAGAAAAUAGUCAUUUCAUUCUUUCUUUGGAGCUCAUGUUCCGGACCGAAAACGGAAUAACGGAAUUCCCUAUCAUGAUUGAGUGUUCGGACUUCAAAGUGGAUGUUUAUGUGGAGAAUGGAUGGACUACCGGUCAUUAACCCUGCAAAGUUAACAGUGGGAGAGUGAUUUAAGCUCUUUUCCCCGCUGCCAUCAAGUUGACAAAGCCAUCUUGAGUUGUCGCCACAGUGGAAUGACCUGUCUCUGGAUUAGCCAAGGAACUACAUCCACAAGGAUUCCUCAGUCGGAUUUGCACCAAGGACAGUUUUAUCUGAACAAACUGGUAUGCACAGGAUGACAUGGUUUUUCAGGAAGGUGCUAAUACUUUGAAAACAUUUUUACUCUGCAAUCAUGACAAGGACAUUUAUGUUUGGUGUAAACAAGCAUCCGUUUUUCUGUUGGAAUAUUUAAAUCCCUUUCAGCAUGCAGUCUCCUGGGAAUUAAUUUUUCAUAGGCCUACCCCACUUGGAAUUCUGAAUUGUCAAUGAGGUUCUUUUGGUCCUUGGCAUCCUAGCAUGUCUCUAUUCAAAAUGAGGAAAAUCAGAGCUUUUACUCUGUUGUUUUGCAUCAUCACCUUUUCAACGUUCCUGUUCAGUUACACUUUCCCUGACCCAUCCCUGUACUUCUACAAAUAUGCUUCUCGCUGGUCAGACAGCCUUUUUUCCAAGGGCUUUUGUUCCUGUCACCAUUGUAUGACAGAGCCAGAUGACGACCCGUGGUUCACGGAGCGCUUCAACCAGUCUGUCCACCCGUUCAUGACAACCAGGAACAGUGUCCUCUCAGAAGAGACCUUCAGGUGGUGGCAGUGGCUCCAGUCAGAGAGGCAGCCAGCAAACUACAGCCAAGUGGUGGAAAAGUUGUUCCAAGUCAUCCCUGAUGAGCAGCUCUACAUGGACGCCAACCCAGAACGCUGUAGAACCUGCGCUGUGGUGGGGAACUCAGGGAAUCUGAAAGGAGCUCAAUAUGGUGGCCUCAUUGAUUCCAACAACAUCAUCAUCAGAAUGAACCAGGCACCCAUCUCUGGCUUUGAGGAGGAUGUGGGCAGCAGGACCACUCAUCAUGUCAUGUACCCAGAGAGUGCCAUUGACCUGGAAAACAACACCAGUCUGGUGCUGAUCCCUUUCAAAACCCUGGAUCUUCAAUGGAUCAUCAGUGCACUGACAACAGGCACCAUCAAACAAACGUACUUACCUGUCAUGUCAAGAAUCAAGGCCAACAAGUAUAGGGUGAUCAUUUACAACCCAACCUUUUUCAAGUAUAUCUACGAUACCUGGCUAGAAAGCCACGGACGGUAUCCAUCCACUGGUUUUCUCAGUUUGAUGAUUGCUCUUCACAUAUGUGAUGAGGUGAGCGUGUUUGGGUUCGGAGCAGAUCAGUUUGGGAACUGGCACCACUAUUGGGAAGAGAAUCAUUUGGGAGGAGCCUUCCGUCACACUGGGGUACACGACGGAGAUUAUGAGUACAAUGUCACCCUCCUGCUGGCAGACAAACACAAAAUUAAACUGUUUAAGGGGGUUUGAGUAUGAACAGUCUUGAGCUAAAGACUAGGCACUGGCAGCUCUAAGGCCGGCCUCACAACAGAGCUGUCGCCUCAUCCACAGAAACGCCAUGAUGACAGAGAACAGUUUCACACUUCUUCAACUCAACUCUGAAGAAAUGGACAGUUGUGGACAGUUUUCCCAAAUAUGUAACUCUAUGACUAAGGAUGUAUUGAUCUGAUGUUAAACAUCCUUCCUAGACCACAUAUCAACUUAAUAUACCCAAAACAAAAGUGUUUUUAUUUGUUCUUUGUAACGGUUUGAAACCGACUGAACAAAGAGGAAUCAUUACUUGUAAAUCUUAACAUUUGUGUGGUUUCUGUGCAACAAUGUCAGGUCAGGUAAGCAUUGGGAUGGCAGAGGUGCCUCACUAGAUGUCACAUUGCUGCUUGUCCCAGACCUGACUAUGUGGCCUGGCUGCUCCAGAUGGCUGGUGGUAUUAAUUCAGGUGGGAGCGUCUGUCACAUCCAUACGAAGCCUGAAACUUGGGUGGGAGAUGACAGACAUGCUGCCACCACCACAGAAUGGGAACCAGCAUGCAACCUGCAACGAGUGCCAAUGGGUUAACAUACAUGGAAUGUCAUAGGGAAUAUUUGUAUUACACAUUACAUAACAAUACAUACAACAUUAAUUAGAUUUCUGACCUAUGGGUUUGAUCACUUUUUAUCCAUUCACUACAUUUUGCUUCCUAUUAUGGUGGAAUUUGUUUCCCUGGGUCAUAAUAGAAUUCAAGUGAAUGUGCAAAAAAAAAUGCCAAAAUGUGCUUUCACUGAAAUGUGAAUCACUCUUUUCUACAUAUCAUUAUCUCAGUGAGCCACUAGCUGCGGCAGUGAAUGUGUGAAAUUACCAAUCUGAUUUACAUGAAAUCAAAAGGCAGGGUUGAAAAGGAACAUAAAGUCUGAUUUUUCAGUGCUGCUUAAACAUAACUGACAUAUCUUUUAAUUUAUAAUAGUACAAAUAAUGGUCAUUUGAUCAAAAGGACCAUGAAUUUAUUAGUAUAUGGAUCUGUGUCAUAAAAAGUGCCUUAUCCAUGAUACUCUUACAGUAUAUAGAAGAGGUUUGGGAUAUGGGUUUUUUUUGUUCCAAGGUGCCUUUACAUGGAAUUUGUUUAUUAUAGAGUAAUAAAUACAUGGAAUUUGCUCAAUGUAUUAUGUCUAAAUAGGCCAGCACGCAAUGUGAUUUUUUGAUUAUUAUCCACAUGCUAUUUUUUAUGACUUUCUUACCACUAUUAAUAACAUGUAUGAAUUGCCAUUUUCUUGAUGUAUCCUACACUAACCAUUUGAGGGAUCAGUGCAUUAUUUAUAACUGCUCACCAAAACUUGACUUUCUUCCCAUACUAAGAGAUCUUGCCAUCCAGUCACUCAUUUCCAAAUAUGGAUGUUAACGGUAUUUUGCACAAAUGUACUUGCUUACCAUAUUGUCAUUUGUGUUUGUGCCUUGAAAUUAAGCUAUUUCAAGUAGCCUAAUUAGCCUAAUUGCGUUUGUUGAUUAAUUUUUCUCAUUUUGCUGUUAUUACGUAGCCAUAUCUUUUAAAGCAAUCUCUUCACCCAACAUUCGAAUAAAGACUUGCUACAAGACUGA